AGACACAGGAAACAUUCACAGAGGAGCAGGGAGAUCCGUACAUAAAGCAUAUUGUAAGUAAUUGGGAGACCCCUGCCAUGCUGCCCUCCCUGGGCAAUACUGGGCACUGACACCGCAGAGGACCCUCAGGAAAGGAGACCACCCAAGCAAGCACCAUGGAGAAGGAGCAACUGUCAGAAGCCCAGAAGGAGCUGAUCCGUGCCAGCUGGCAGAUAGUGAGCCAAGACCAGAUCCAUCAUGGUACUGUGCUUUUCACCAGGCUGUUUGAGCUGGAGCCGGACCUUGUCUUCCUCUUCCAGUACAAUUCUGCUAACUUCUCCAAUGUACAGGAAUGUCUGAGCUCCUCCGAGUUCACGGAACACAUCCGCAAGGUUAUGACGGUCAUCGAUGCGGCGGUGAGCAGCCUGGACUCUCUACCCUCUCUAGAUGAAUAUCUGACCGGCCUGGGCCGUAAGCACCGCGCUACAGGAGUGAAACUAGAAUCCUUCAAUACUGUGGGGGUUUCGCUGCUCUUCGCUUUGGAGACGGGCCUGGGAGAAAUAUUCACAUCUGAUACCCAUGAAGCCUGGAGCCAGCUGUACUCCGCAGUGGUGGGCGCCAUGAGCCGGGGCUGGUGCAGAGAUCCUCAGGGACAUUGAGGAGAAAGUGUUUAUGUUUGCACCAGUACGAGACUCCAGUCUAUCUGAUAUACCCAACAGCAAUGACUGCAUGAGACGACGCCGGGCUCCUGUGGACAGUUAAGCGUCGCUGGAGUCUGUGAUGUUAGGACCAGUGAAACUGCUUCUGUGUCUGGCAGAAGCCUGUGGGGUGACCCAGCCGUGUAAUGGUCACUGCACUGUUCUAUGUAUCCAGUCUGUGUCUGUAACCGUGUAUUAGUAUAACGAAUGUCUAUCUGUAUUAUCAGGCGCUUACCACUAUAUCACCGCAAUUCCCCAAUGCCAGGCUUGUGCCUGGCAUAUCCUAUAUAGUGAUACGGUUCUUACUGACAUAGCUUGUGCCUGGCAUAUCCUAUAUGGUGAUACGGUUCUUACUGACAUAGCUUGUGCCUGGCAUAUCCUAUAUGGUGAUA